AGAAGGCGGCGGUGCUCCUCCUCCUCCUCACUGGGUAAUCCCUCCUGUGGCUGCUUCUGGACAGUUCCUUGCAGAUCAGGAUUUUGCAUCCCGGCCGUGGCCAUGAGGAUCCUUUACCUGCUGCUGGCUGUGCUCUUUGUGGUGCUGCAGGCCGUUGCAGGUGAGCCCUCCUUUUCCAGCCCCAUGCAUGCUUGUAGACAUCGAAGGGGAGUCUGCAUUCCUGGGCGAUGUCGGCAGCCAUAUUACCGGGUUGGAUCAUGUGGUGCCAUUAGCUCUUGCUGUGUAAGGGGCAGGUGGACCUGAUGAUUCCCUGGCUUCUCCUGGGAAAUCCUUCCUGCAUCUACCAAAUGCCAUCUCUGCACUCCAGCCCCAUCACACCUGCUGGCACCACAUCUCCUGCAA